AAUAGGAAAGGGUCCACUAGAGAAUUCAAGAAUGACCAAAAAGCAACCACGCUGUUAUUCUCUCAUCAUCAUUCACCAUCAAAGCACAAAACAACAACAAAAGAAAGGAAGGCCAAAUUGUUAAAAAAAAAAACCAAGAAAAAAAAUGUUGAGAAGCCUUCAAUUACACUCCACUCACAAAACAAUCUUAGUUCUGAGACUUCUUUGUCUAUUAUUUCUCUUGUCUUCUCUUAGUUGCCAUGGAUACCCUGUCAAAGCUCACAUAUUCAUCUAUGCAGGCUGCUCCCAAGAAAAAUACCAACCCAAUUCACCUUUUGAAGCAAACGUCAAUUCUUUUCUAGCAUCACUUGCAAGCUCGUCUUCUCAGGUGUCAUACAAUAGCUUAGCUAUAGGAAAUGGAAGCUCUCCAGAAGCUGAUGGCAGCAUAUAUGGGUUAUUCCAGUGUAGGGGAGAUUUGAAGAUUUUGGACUGCUCCCAAUGCAUUCAAAGUGCUGUUACUCAAAUAGGUUUGGUUUGUCCUUACUCUUAUGGGGCUUCUUUGCAGCUUGAAGGGUGCUACAUAAGAUACGAGCAUGUUGAUUUCUUGGGAAAGCUUGACACAAGUCUUAGGCACACAAAGUGUAGUAAAAGUAGUGUAAGUAGUGAUGUUGAUUUCUUUAGGCGUAGAGAUGAUGUUCUUGCUGACUUGCAAGGGACAACUGGGUUUAGAGUGAGUAGUUCAGGUUUGGUUGAAGGUUUUGCUCAGUGUUUGGGGGAUUUGAACCCAACUGAUUGCUCUUCUUGCCUUGCUGAUGCUGUUGGAAAGUUGAAGACUGUGUGCGGAUCAGCUUCUGCAUCGGACGUGUAUUUGGCGCAAUGUUAUGCUCGGUACUGGGCAUCUGGCUACUAUGAUUCCUCUUCAGAUUCCACUAGCGAGGACCAAGUGGGAAAAACAGUAGCAAUUAUCGUUGGUGUACUAGCAGGUGUAGCUGUUUUGAUUGUUCUUCUGUCGGUUUGCCGAAAAAAAAUGGGUUAAGAAGAUUGAAGAUGUCAUUGGUUUCUUUUCGGCCAUUGGAUGCUGUCAUUGUCCAAGGUUUGCGGAUGUUUGUACUUUGUUGUGAAAUCACUGUGACAACUUUGUUUUCUUCCAUUUUUCCAUUUUAAUAUAAUAUGGUUUUUGCACAAAAGAAGGUGGAUAUUGUCUAGUGAUAUAAAGUGACAUUCAUAAUCGAUCUCCAUCAA